AUGGAUGUUUUAUGGUGCCGGCGGCGGCUGUUCGGCAGCGUGCGGCGCGGGGAGCCGCAGCCCGGCUGUCCAAAGGGAAAACACGCUGUGAAAACCUUACCAAAAAUCAAGGAGAAUCUUGAAGGCACCCAAGGGAGCCCCUCCUCCAACCAAAGUUAUUGCACUCAAGUGAAUGUGAAAGAAAUACCAUUCUUGGGAAAGAAUGAAGAGGAUGUGGAAGACAGCACGGUACUGCUGAAGGAAUCUCCAAUAGUCAACUUUGAAAGUAAAGACAGCCUGAAAAACACUGAUGUUACUUCAGGCACAGGGAUGACUCUUCCUACAGGUGUUUCAGAUUUUCUCCUCGAAUGUUUAGAUGCAGAUUCUUCUGCAGAUUGUGACGCAUUUACUACUGACACCACGGAAAGUUUUCCAUCCCCUGAAACGUUAAGAGAUGAGGAAUGUUCAGGGACCAGUAAUCCUGACUUCAAGGACUUUGUGAGAUGCAAGAACUCCACUCUUCUGGACUGCAGCAAAGCAGUGGCCAUGGAUAAGAUACUGCAGAUCUCAAAUCUUUCACCAAUAUUAGAACCUGUAUUGGAAGAUUGUAAAGACCUACACAUGAAAAGAAAGAGACCCAAAUGCAAUUACACUUCUUCAGAACUGAGUGUUUCAACUACUCUGGCAGGGAAAAAAAUCUGUAAAAUUACAACUGCAAGAGAGAGAACUCCAGCCCUAAAAAGUGGCACGCGCUGUUCUUCACCAGUAGGAGCGGAAAGAAAGCCUGACAGUCAGACUGCUGAACCCAAAAGGCUGAAGAGCAUCAGAAAAGAAGAGCUGUCGGAUCUGUUGGAGGGUAAUGCAUCCCCUUGUGGUCAGCUUGAAUCUGCCCCAGCAGACACUUCAGCCAAAUCAGUGAAGGUGACAACAGAGGUUCUGCCCUCUAGACAGACAGAUGAUGUGGUGACUUGGUGUUACAGAAAAGAAAUCUGCUCCAUUGUCAGGACUUCACCAGCUCGUAGGCCUUCCAGGCAUCGCCAGCUUCCAGUGAACACAAAAGCCUUCUGCCUUCCUGAAGGAGUGCCUGAAGGUAAUGGAAUAUAGAAUUAUUCACUGCGUAGAUGAUAACUAGCUAUCUGUAUUGUCUGUUUGCCUUUUCAAUAUCUAAAGCUUCUUCUGCCACUGUCCAGUCAGUAGGAUUGUGUGUAACCUGUUUUGCUAAAUACAUAAUUAGCAUCUCAGCUUCUUUCUAAAGCUUUCAUGUUUCUCUUUCACUCUCACAGGAGUUGCUUUUAGUUGGCAUUGUUAAGAUGCUCAGCAAAAGGGAGAGUAUAAACAGGAGGGGGAACAGUUGCUUACG